GGAUUUAAAGGUUGCUGUACUGCAGGACGUCCUGGUUAUUACUGUCCCGUCUGGAGGUUCUGCAGGACCGAGUUCAGUCAGAUCUGAUGGAUUAUUUCUGGAUUUUCUCGGCGGAGACCUGGACUCUGCUGCUGCUGUUCACCAGCCUCCUGCUGCUGUAUGGAUACUGGCCCUAUAAAUACUUCGUAAAGUUGGGGAUUCCAGGACCUAAACCUCUUCCACUUUUCGGAACUAUGUUGGAAUAUCGAAAAGGUUUUCACGCAUUUGAUAUGGAAUGCUACAGGAAGUAUGGGAAGAUAUGGGGGAUAUUUGACGGGAGGGAGCCGGUGCUCUCUAUUGCUGAUCAAACCAUCGUUAAAUCAAUCCUGGUUAAAGAAUGCUACACUUACUUCACCAACAGGAGGGAUGUCGGUCUGAACGGAGAGCUGUACGACGCUCUGUUCGUCACUAAAGACGAGGACUGGAAGAGAAUCCGGAACCAUCUCUCACCAUCGUUCACCAGCGGCAGACUGAAGGAGAUGUUCGGGAUCAUGAAGACACACACCAACACUUUAGUUAAAAACCUGGAGAAAAGCAGGAAGAACGAAGGAAUCGCAGUUAAAGAUGUGUUUGGAGCGUACAGUAUGGACGUGAUAACGAGUACAGCGUUCAGCGUCGACAUCGAUUCCAUGAACAACCCUAAAGACCCGUUCGUCACCAACAUCAAGAAGAUGCUGGACAUUGAUUUCUUAAGCCCUAUUUUCAUCGUCGCAAUGGUCUUUCCAUUCGCACUGCCCCUGCUGGAGAAAAUGAAAAUCUCAUUUUUCUCCCAAUCGGUGUCGGACUUCUUUCUUGGCUCACUGAAGAAGAUAAAAACUGAGCGAGAGGCCAAAAAUCACAAGAGCAGAGUGGACAUCCUGCAGCUCAUGGUGGAUUCUCAGACAGAAGAUGACCAGCAAGGCGAGGAGAUGAAGAAAGGUCUGAGUGAUCAUGAGAUCCUGUCCCAGUCCAUGUCCUUCAUCUUUGCCGGUUACGAGACGAGCAGCAGCACUCUGUCCUUCUUCUUCUACAACAUCGCCACCAACCCUGAGACCAUGAAGAAGCUUCAGCGGGAGAUCGACCAGACCUUCCCCAACAAGACUCCAGUUAACUAUGACGCAGUGAUGAACAUGGAAUAUCUUGAAGCUGCUCUGAAUGAAUCCAUGAGGUUGUUUCCUGUGGUGGCCCGGCUGGAAAGAGUCUGCAAGGAGACCAUCGAGAUUAAUGGCCUCACCAUUCCGCAAGGAACCUCCAUCAUGAUACCGGUGUUUCCCCUCCACAGAGACCCAGAGUACUGGUCCGACCCGUCAACCUUCAAUCCAGAAAGGUUCACUAAGGGGAAUAAGGAGAAUGUGGACCCCUACGUCUACAUGCCUUUCGGUUCUGGACCCAGAAACUGUAUCGGGAUGAGGUUCGCCCUGUUGGCCAUGAAGCUUGCCAUCGUCGAGAUCCUGCAGAGAUUCGACGUCAUCAAUCCUGAUCCAAACCAGGUUCCGCUGAAGUUGGGAAUCCAUCCUUUCCUGUCCCCAAAAUACCCAAUCAAGCUGAAAUUCAUCCCUCGAGCUAACUCUAGCUCAGGAGAACCCAACAACAAUCAGGUUAAAUCGUAAAGUGAGGUGUGAGGUGACAGAGUUCUGUGUUUAUCAGCUCUACGCUAAACACCAGGACUGCCUAAAUGGAAUACAAAAAUGUGAAAAGGAAAAAGAUGCUUUACAGCACCCUAGAAACCACUAAAUACACCAGAUCAUUUACCUAGCUAACUGUCUAACAACUGCGUAGGAAUUCAAUGGUAACUUCAGCACCUCAGAAACCCCCAAAUACACCAGAGGAACCACCUAACUAACUAUGGAUAACAACACCCUAGAAACUACUGAAUACACCACAUCAACUACCUAGCUAAUUAUGCAACCACUGUACAGCAAUGCCUUAAUAACUGCUCUACAGCAAAACUAAUGUAACAUCUGAAUAACGAUGCCUUAGCAACCAACUGGAAUACCACAGCAACUGCAAACGGUUUCGUUUUCACGCCCAUAGCUCUGGGUCUCAGGGCACUGUCUAUUUAGUGAAUGAACGAACUGCGCCCCCUAGAGCAGAGGGCUGGUAAUGUAAGUGUUCUGUACACAGUUGGGACAGUCUUUUAACUUUGAACAGCUAUCCUUUCCUUGACUUUUGGGUGUGUGCGCUUAUAUUUUUGUAUUAAUUACAUAUUUAUCAAUUUAUACAAUAAACGUAAUAUAUAAAAUGUAUGUAUUAAUAAUGCAUAAAAAUAAUAAUAUAAUGCAGAACGUGCUAAGAGUGUGCUGUGUUGUUUUGUUCUUUGUGUUUUUGUUUUAUUACAAUGAAUAUAAAUAAACAUAUUGAUAAUCAACUCA